AUGUCAGAAGCCAAAACUGAAGAGAUAGAUUGUAAAGACAGGAUCAGUGCUUUGCCCGAAGAGUUGCUUGUGACGAUUUUGUUGCAUGUCCCGAUUAAAGAUGCAGUAGCCACCAUGAUUUUGUCGAAAAGAUGGCGCUAUAUAUGGAUGAUGAUGCCUACACUUGAUUACAAUGAAACCAAUAAUGUCAACCAUGCUCGUGAUUGGGGUGGUGAUGAUGAUGAUGAUAGUGAUGAUGAUCUUGAGAGCAAGAGCAUUUGGUGGUUUUUGGACAAGUCACUGAAACUUCACAAAGCACCUGUCUUAGAAAUAUUGCUUAUUAGUCUUGGUCAACGAUGUCCUAUUGAUGCUAAUGUUGGAAAUUGGGUUGCAAAGGCUGUUGAGCGCGGCGUGAUCGUGUUGCAAUUCAAGCUUCGCUGGUCAGCAGGUCCAACCACAUUGCCUAAGAGCCUUUACACCUGUGAAACACUCAAAGAAUUGACUCUAUCUAACAAGAUUCUUGUGGAUUUCCCUUCUUCCCCUUCCUGCCUCCCAUCACUCGAAAUACUUCAACUUUCCUGUGUGGUAUAUAAAGAUGAGGAUUCUUUCGCUAGGUUCUUAUCUAGUUGCCCUGUCCUUGGAAAAUUGAUCGUGAAUAGAAAGAAGAAUGACAAUCUGACAAACUUUAUUGUGAAAGUGCCUUCUUUAUGGAUGUUAUGGUAUUAUAAUAUAACAUGGCUGCUCGAUGACUAUGAUGUAGUGGAUAGCGGUAGUUUUUUGGUUAUAGAUACUCCGGCAUUAAUAAAGUUUGACGUCACUGAUUAUUCAAGACACUCUUGGUCGAUCGGGAAUAUGCCUUGUCUUGAGGAGGCAUAUAUUAUGGUCGACUGUUUAUCUCUUUUUGACAAGAUCAUAACAGCUUCUUCGGUGGUCUUGUCUCUUGUCUUGACUUUUUCAGAUGAAAUGCUUGUGCGUUGUAGCACCGUAAGAUUUUCUCUACUUAUAAAGUUAUCUGUAGAUCCAAGUGGAUCAAACUGGGUGGAACCACUCUUACUUUUACUUGGAAAUACUCCAAAACUUGAAGAACUUUUGGUAAAUAAUGAAUCUGCCUCUGUAUAUGAGGAUAUCCCACUUUCCUGGAAUCAACCAAGUUCUAUUCCUGGAUGCUUGUCGUCACAUCUAAAAAUAUUUGAAUGGAGAUACUAUGGACACAAAGAAGAAGAGGAAGAAUUAUUGACAUACAUCCUAGCCAAUUCUAAGUGUUUAAAGACUGCAACAAUCUCCCUCAAAUCCAUGUUAGAUCCUGAACUAGAGCAAGAUUUUAUCAUCGGAAAGUUGAAAGAUAUUCCUAGGGUUUCAACGACAUCUCGACUUUUGGUCAACUGA